AUGUCCGCCGAAGAGCCAAAGUCCUACCCAGUCCCAUACCGCUCCGUGCUCCAGGAGAAGUUCGAGCCAGGACAAACCUUGAUCGUCAAGGGAUCCACCAUCGAUGAGUCCCAACGCUUCACCAUCAAUCUCCACUCGAAGACCGCUGACUUCUCCGGAAACGACGUGCCACUCCACGUCUCCGUUCGCUUCGACGAGGGAAAGAUUGUCCUCAACUCGUUCUCCAACGGAGAGUGGGGAAAGGAAGAGCGCAAGUCCAACCCAAUCAAGAAGGGAGACUCCUUCGACAUCCGCAUCCGUGCUCAUGAUGACCGCUUCCAGAUCAUCGUUGACCACAAGGAGUUCAAGGACUACGAGCACCGUCUUCCACUUUCCUCCAUCUCUCAUCUCUCCAUUGAUGGAGACCUCUACUUGAACCACGUUCACUGGGGAGGAAAGUACUACCCAGUUCCAUACGAGAGUGGACUCGCCAACGGACUUCCAGUUGGAAAGAGCCUUCUCGUCUUCGGAACCGUCGAGAAGAAGGCCAAGCGCUUCCACGUCAACCUUCUCCGCAAGAACGGAGACAUCUCGUUCCACUUCAACCCACGUUUCGACGAGAAGCACGUCAUCCGCAACGCUCUCGCCGCCAACGAGUGGGGAAAUGAGGAGCGCGAGGGCAAGAUGCCAUUCGAGAAGGGAGUCGGAUUCGACCUUGUCAUCACGAACGAGGACUACGCCUUCCAGGUGUUCGUCAACGGAGAGCGCUUCAUCUCGUUCGCUCACCGAGCUGAUCCAAACGACAUCGCUGGACUCCAGAUCUCUGGAGACAUUGAACUCUCUGGAAUCCAAAUCCAAUAA